UUUCGCAGGAGUGUGGAGAAGAUCUUCGAGGACAGGCCGCUCCUGAGACAAGGCACCAGCUUGGGAUGUGAGGGAAGACAGGGUCCUGCCUCUGAUGAGCGAUGCUGUGGUUAAGUGUGCUUGGGCUGGACCUGGGCUCUGUGGUGGCCUCGCCAUGGCAUCUUCUGCUGCUUGGAGCAGCUUCCUGGAUUUUGGCCAGAAUUCUUGCCUGGACUUACUCAUUCUGUGAGAACUGCUCCCGCCUCAGGUGUUUUCCUCAGCCCCCUAAAAGAAACUGGUUUUUGGGUCACUUAGGCAUGAUCCAGAGCAAUGAGGAAGGCAUGCAGCUGGUGACUGAAAUGGGCCAGACUUUCCAAGAUAUCCAUCUCUGCUGGCUGGGACCAGUCAUCCCUGUGCUGAGGCUUGUUGAUCCUGCAUUUGUUGCCCCUGUGCUCCAGGCCCCAGCUUUGGUGGCCCCAAAAGACAUGACUUUCUUACGCUUCCUGAAGCCGUGGCUGGGCGAUGGGCUCUUCCUGAGUUCUGGUGAGAAGUGGAACCGACAUCGCCGUCUGCUGACACCUGCCUUCCACUUUGACAUCCUGAAGCCCUAUGUCAAGAUUUUUAACCAGAGUGUGAACAUCAUGCACGCCAAGUGGAAGCACCUAUCCUUGGAAGGCAGUGCACGUCUGGAAAUGUUUGAGAACAUCAGCCUCAUGACCUUGGACAGUCUGCAGAAAUGCCUCUUUGGCUAUGACAGCAACUGUCAGGGGUCUCCUAGUGAAUACAUUUCUGCCAUCUUGGAACUCAGCUCCCUCAUAAUAAAAAGGUCAUAUCAGCUCUUGAUGUACGUGGACUUCCUGUACUACCACACUGCUGAUGGACGGCGCUUCCGCAAGGCCUGUGAUCUGGUGCACAACUUCACAGAUGCCGUCAUCAGGGAGAGACGUCGCACUCUCUCCAGCCAAAGUGUUGAUGAGUUCCUGAAGUCCAAGACUAAGUCUAAGACUUUGGACUUCAUUGAUGUACUCUUGUUGGCCAAGGAUGAACAUGGAAAGGAGCUGUCCAUUGAGGACAUCAGGGCAGAGGCUGACACCUUUAUGUUUGGAGGUCAUGACACCACAGCCAGUGCACUCUCCUGGAUCCUGUACAACCUGGCAAGGCACCCAGAAUACCAGGAGCGCUGCAGGCAGGAGGUUCUGGAGCUGCUGAAGGACCGAGAGACUGAAGAGAUUGAAUGGGACGACCUGGCCCAGCUGCCCUUCCUGACCAUGUGCAUCAAGGAGAGUCUGCGGCUGCACCCCCCAGCCAUAGACGUCCUCCGCCGCUGCACCCAGGACAUUGUGCUACCUGAUGGCCGGGUCAUACCUAAAGGGAACAUCUGUGUUAUCAGCAUCUUUGGUAUUCAUCACAAUCCCUCAGUCUGGCCAGACCCUGAGGUCUAUGACCCCUCCCGCUUUGACCCAGAAAACCGUCAGAAGAGGUCACCUCUUUCUUUUAGUCCCUUCUCCGCGGGGCCCAGGAACUGCAUAGGACAGACUUUCGCUAUGGAAUGAGAUGAAGGUGGCCCUGGCCCUGACUCUGCUGCGAUUUCGAGUUCUGCCAGAUGACAAGGAGCCACGCAGGAAGCCUGAGAUAAUUCUGC